GUUUGCUGUGCUACGUGUCCUAGUCGGAGAUUGCAGCUGACUGUAGUAUAUCGUGUAAUCGGCUUGGUUAGGUCCCCGGAAUAGUCAUGGAUCAGGUUAUGCAGUUCGUUGAGCCCAGCAGGCAAUUUGUGAAGGAUUCAAUCAGACUUGUAAAAAGGUGUACCAAGCCAGACAGAAAAGAGUUCCAGAAAAUCGCAAUGGCAACUGCAAUUGGCUUUGCAAUUAUGGGAUUUAUUGGUUUCUUUGUAAAGCUAAUCCAUAUCCCUAUUAACAAUAUCAUUGUUGGCAGCUAAAUGGAUGGCGACUUGGAUUUGGAAAAUUGGCAUUCUGUUAAAGAACAAGUCUUUUGUUUUUGUUUAAUGUAUAUUUUUAUUUGUCAUAGUCCAUGUAAUAAAACAUACACAUUUCUGUAUUA